AUGGAUCUGUGUGAAAUGGAUGUGAGGACGGGGAAGCUGUUUAAUGGGAAAAACAGCGACCGCAUUCGUACGACACAACCGACAACAGCUAUGGAUAAGAGCAUGACGCUGGCUAGUAGUGGUGUGUCAGCAUGUACGCAAGAGAAGAAACGUAUUUUCAAUGAGAUUACGCAGCAAUUUCUGCGCACGUUCCGUCUGUCGAAUGGCAAAAACAAGGAAAAUGGCAUCGAUGCACGAACAUGUGCAGCGGAUUUGUCGCGGUCGAACUGUUUGAUCGCGUCACGUUUGGUGUCGUCAUCGCAUGAAUAUAUGGAAGAAAUGGUUCGCGAGUAUAUGCGUAGCGCUAGGGAAAGAUUUUUAAGUUCCAAGCAGGUUACGCCAUCUAACGGUCGUAAGCGUAUCAGCCGAUCGUUCAGUGCCUCAUCGUUGAUGAUCACUUGCAUAAACCAGUACUGUGGAAAGCCAGCGCUGCAAACCAACAAUUUCCUUUGCCGUGAAUGCUUUGAACAUCAGAAGGAACAGAUGACGUCGUUCAACUGUGAAAAUCCGCAUCUUCUGAGACGACUUCCGGCUGCAGUGGUGUCGACGACGGCGAAAAGUACGACCAUGCCCGCUAUAGCGACCCCUACACGAUGUACAUCGCGUGAUAUGUUGCGUACAGCUGUCCAGCCAACUGCUCCUCGUCCUGCUCCAGUGCUGGGUGUGACCAGAGAAGGCAUGAGCACGACCACAAGUAUCUCAACGAUCGAAGGCGAAAAUGGCGUGACGCAUUACUAUGUGGCCGGAGAGGAUCCGCCGGUACAUCUAUCACCAUCGCAUGCCUCAUGCGCUGCUUCACAGUCGAUGUCGUCGCCGGUUCAUAUCGCCACGCUGUCACAACUCGCCUCGUAG